UCAGAAAGCGCAGAUUUGUAAAUGUGCUGAAUUAUUUGUAGAUAUCAUUCACAUGUUUGGAAAAUGUCUGGGUUCCUGGAAAAUGAUGGUAGGGAGUAAAAACAAGGAUGACAGCUUUCUACAUGCUGAAGCCAGUAUGCUGUAUUGUAUUGGCCUACAGGGUGUUCCAGAAUCUAAUGAAUGGGUCUUGCCAUUAUAUACCCAUGGUCAGACACUUGAACUGAGUAUGAUCAUCUGGGUCUUCGAUAUUAGGGGCUGAAUUCCUGUUUGUGAUUCCAUGCUACAGAUCAGAAAGGCUGCUUUUUUAGGCUGCAUCUCCCAAAGUCUGCGAAGACAAUGUCACAAUCUGUCACAAUCUGAGGACAAGACACUAAUUAUAUCCCCCUGUAUUCUAAAUUCAAUCCAGUCUACAUUAAAUUCAAUGUAUCAUUCUAAAAUUUCUAUUUCAGUAUCUACAGCUCUUCUAGAAGCUAGCACAUAUGGCCAUAAUGAAGUGAUAGAAGUUCUCAUCUCAAAUGGCGGUGUGGUGAACAUGGGAAAUUAUGACAGUGUGACGCCUCUACACUUUGCUUGUCUGUCUGGCAAGGCUUCCACUGUCAAUCUGCUUAUAGAGAAAGGCGCAAAGGUCAAUGCUUGGAAUGUAGAUGGUAGCACUCCUCUUUGUGAUGCGUGCUGCUCUGGAAGCAGAGAAUGUGUCCGCAUACUCCUUGCUAAUGGUGCUGACGUCAAUCCCAGAUUGUGCUUGACGUCUCCACUACAUGAAGCCAUGUUGAGAGACCAGUGGGAAUGUGCCAAACUUCUUACCGAUGCUGGUGCAAAACUUGAUGUAAUGGAUUGCCAUUUCGGAACACCACUUCACAUUGCUGCAUGGAAACAACAUAUGAAAUCUGGAUUUGUGAUCUUAAAAGCAGGUGCUAAUGUUAACUCGUUGAAGAUGUGUGAGACACCCCUCCACUACAGUGCAAAAGCAAAAGAUACUUCCUUUAUCAGCAUGCUCAUUGAUUUCGGUGCCGAUGUCUAUGCGACAGAUAAUCGUGGAUUAUUAGCAUCAGGACAUGUUCCAGACAAUCAUCCGAUUCAAAUGUUACUUCAACACUUUCAAGCCAACCCCCGGCGGCUCACAGACUGGUGCAGAUUGAAUAUUCGAAAGGCCAUUGGUACAAAAAGGCUCUCACAGAUAAAGACAUUGAAUUUUCCAACGUACUUGAAGAAUUACCUAGAAUAUUGGGAAUACUCGCACUUACUGUCAUCAAAACCAACCUCAUUGGACAUGUCAGGACAGUGUGUGACGUGACAGGUUGAUUUAAAAAGCUGUAGUUGGCUGUGAACAGUUUGGUGGUCUUCUUAUUGUACAAGUAAACCAUGGAAGAGCAACAGCCAUGUACAGAAGUACAAAAAUGUAGUAAGGCCAUGGACAAAGCUUCAAUUUUUGUGUGAUUCAUACAUACAAUGGUGGCAUUGGUCUGGCUGGUAUUGAUGUUAUGGUAUUUAUUUCUUGAUUCAAAAAUAUAUUGUUGUGUUUA